AUGCUUCGAACUACGACAAUCGUUUGCUUAAUUGCUUUAGCAGUGCAUAUAUUUGCAUUACCUGAAUACAUUGAAAAUCUUGAACGUGAUUUAUCUUUAUUACCUGAAGAAUAUCAACAUAUAGCUCAAGAAUUCAAUUCAAAGCGUGCUGCUGAUAAUGAACGAGAUACAAGUGCAUAUUGUUGUACAAAUUGGCAACAUGUUAAUAAUGAUGAAGUCGUUAGUAAAGUAGUAACAUCAAUAGUACAAAAAACACAUAGUGUUAUAGUUGGUUAUCAAGAUUGUCAUGGAAAUCUCAAUCCAGAACGUCCACCAGUACCAAUUCCAACUGCAACAGCACGUCCAAUAAAAGGACAAACAACACCAUCAACUAACACACAAACAACAACUGGAUGUAUGUGGACACCAGUUACUAAGACAGAAACUUAUACGACUAUUGAAUAUACAACUAUAACUCAUCUCGUACCAAAUUCACAUACAUUUUGCGCUCCAGCCGAUUAUAAAUGUUGUGCAGGUUAUGUUAUGCUUAAUAAUAAUUGUAUUCAUGGAUCAUCCGUUAAUAGCCUUGAAUAUCUUAUAGCACUUGGUUUAAUUGGUGGUGUUGGAAAAAAAUAA